CGCAACAAUACAUUUGAACAGGCGAAGUCAGCAGGCGUCUGUUUCCUGCCUGUAGCUGGGUCCUGUAUGGAAGCCCGUGCGAGGCUGUCCCGGAGACCCCGCGCUGCCUGCACCUCUCGUCUUGGUUGACAUGGACGAUGAAGAUGGCAGGUGCCUGCUAGAUGUCAUUUGUGACCCAGAAGCACUAAACGAUUUUCUUCAUGGAUUAGACACCCAUCUGGACACUGACGACCUAUUGGAUGGCUCGAGCGAUCCCUCCAGCUCUUUCUUCUCGGGCGCUGGGUGCCACAUUCCAGAGGUCCUGCCCCCAGUCCAGCUGCUGUCCAAUGAGCAGCCAGUCUUGCCCCGGGUCAGUGUGGACCUGGACUUCCUGGAAGAUGAUGUCAUCCUGGGCAAGUCGCCGAGCGGUAGCAACACCAUGGAGCCAUGUGACAUCCUGCAGCAGAGCCUGGCGGAGGCUAACAUUACAGAGCAGAGCCUGCAGGAGGCCGAGGCAGAGCUGGACCUGGGCUCCUUCGACCUCACCAUGCCAGGUCUGACUCAGGUGGUCCAGACCCUGCCCUGUACAGACAUCCUGACUGGGUCUGGAGAGACCGCUGUGGGGGUGGGGCUCCCCAUCUUCCCUGAAGCUCCAGGCUCCUCCGCCACCCCUCCCCAGGCCACAGCUGACAUGCUGGGCUCGGUGCUGGCCCAACAGGGCCUGGAGUUUGGGCCCCAGGUCAUGAACAAGGCCCAGACCAUCAGUAUGCAGCCUUUCAUUCAGCAGGUGGCAGGCCUGGGUAACGUCACCCUUCAGCCAAUCGCCUCCCUCCAGGCUCUACCUAACGGCUGUCAGUCAGGACACCUGGGACUGGGACAGAUACAGGUGAUGGGCCAGCCCACUGUGAUGACUAUGAACCAAUCAGGACAGCCCAUCCUGGCCAAGAGUAUGGGAGGAUACCAGCUGCACCAGCCUGGCCCCGAGGCACAGGGGGCAGGUGGGCAGGGCGGACUGGGAGGGGGACUUCUGAUCCAUGGGGGCAAAGCUACUCUGGGAUCUCCAGUUUUAAACGGCCCGGCGUUGGGCACUAACAGUAACGAUAGCACCAUAACUGCUGCUGGAAGCUUGGGUCAACAGGGGCAGAACCUGAUCAUCCAGCGAACCCCGACCCCCAUCCAGCCCAAACCCCCCCAGGGGGGCUCAGCCAUCCAGCCCAAACUGUUCAAGCAGCAGCAGGCUCAGCCCCACACCCUCCAGAAUGAUGCCAACAAGGCUCUUGGGGCUCAGGUCCCGGUCUCCGCUGCCCAGAAUGUAGCCUUCCUGACAGGCAAGCCUGGCGCCAACGUGGUCCUGGCCUCCCAGGCAGGGCUUCCCCAACAGGCUCUGUUCAAACAGCAGACAGCCCACCACCCCUCUGGGAAAGCACUCAGUGUCCACUUGCUCAACCAGCCUGGCAGCAUCAUGCUGGGGGGGCAGAACCACCAGUUCCUCCUGCCACAGCAGCUAGCUGGGGGUCAAAUCCUCACGCAGCACCCUGGGGGCCACAUCAUCACCUCCCGGGGGCCUGGGGGCCAGCUGAUAGCCAACCAGAUCCUGGCUCAGCACCAGAACAUCAACCUGGGCCAAGUGCUGACUUCUCAGGGCCACCCUCUGCUCCAGGGCCACAUCCAGCUGCAGCCGGGCCAGAUGGGGUUGGGACAUCAGCUCUUCCAGAUGCCUGUCACCCUCUCCCAGAGCCAGAGCCACCCAGUCACGGGCCACCAGGCCCACACAGUGAUUCAGGGCAUGCCCUUGCACAACUCCCUGGCCAUGCUGAGCCAGGUAGAAGGGUUGAGUCCUGCUGUCAGCCUGCAGCCCGCUCUGCAGCCACAGCCAGGGGGCGUUCCCAGCAGCGGGGUGGGUGGGGCUGCUGCCAUUGCACAGGGCCAGCCUGGGGGGAGUGUGCCGAUGCGGGGGAGUUCUACAGACCAGGCAGCCCACCCUGGACAAGCCCCUCAGCCCUCCAUCCUCUCUAUGCAGGCUGGGCCCUCUGUCUCCAUGGCCAUGUCUGUCCCCUCCUCCUCUCCGUCCUUAUCUGUGUCCACCACACUGGUCCCCCACCUAGCCCAGCAGCAUAGCCCCGGGAGCAGGGUGCUCUUCACGGGCCACCAGGGCUCCAGCAUGAUCCUCAGCCAGGAACACCUCCAGAUGUUCCUCCAGCAGGACCAGCGACAGACAGAGAAUGAUCCCGUCCCCACUGUGUCAGUGGGCGUGCCAGCGUCCGUUAUCGUCAGCAGCAACAGCAGCUUUGGCCAAGCCUCCUCGGGCCAUGACAGCCAAUUAGCUGAGACAGCAGUGGUAAACCAGAUGCCCCAGGCGGGUGGCCAGCAGCAGCAACUGAAGCUCCAGAGCCUGUCCCCCUCCCAGCCCCUGGCCUCUCACACUGCCCUUCCUCUGUCGGACAGCCCCCAGCCCUCCCCCCUCCACAUGCAUUCCCCCCAGUCCUGGCCCCCUUCUCAACCCCAGACCCCCGCCCGAUCCUGCACCCCCUCCUCUCUUCCCCCAAUGUUCAUUAUCCAGAACCAGAUACCAGGCCACUCCCAGCCUGCACUACAACAACAACAACAGAUACACCUCCAGCCCCGGCCCCCCUCCCAGCCUGCCCCACAACAACAACAGAUACAUCUCCAGCCCCGGCCCCCAUCCCAGCCUGCUCUCUACGAACCGGAUGUCCCCCCUCCCUCUCGCUCCCCCAAACCCCCCCAGAUCCUCCAGGCCCCUCUGGCAGGCCUCCAGUUCACUGCUAGCCAGGUGGGGGACCCCGGGGGUGGGGUUUUGAAGACCCAGGUCUUAACAGCAGAGCGGCAGCACCGCCUGCAGCUGGUUGGUGCUCAGCCCUCUCCACAACAGAAACACCAGGUGCAACAGAACAUUCUACUACAGGCCAAAAGGCAGCAGCAAAGCCAGCCCCAACCCCAACAGCAUGGUGGUCAACAACAAGACGUGCCUGCUCCUGCCACAGCAUUCAAUGACCUGUUGUCAGGAGCUCAGGUGACCCAGGGGGGCGUGGCUCCAGCUAACCAGCCUGGUCAACAGUCACUACACCAGGCUGUGAAGGUGGGGGGGGUGGAGUCCGUGUCAGGUCUGAGUCAGAUGACCUCUACACAGCAGACUUUCAGCCCUUGUCUGGCCUCUCUACAAACACAGACUGCUGCUAUGAAGUUGCCUUUCAGUAUGGCUAAACCCAGCAAGGAAGCCAGGAUGUUGGAGCAGCUGAGGAAGCAGCAGGGCUCAGUCCUCCACCCAGACUACAGAUCUUCCUUCCAGUGCUUUGAAGACACCCUGACCGGCCUGGUGCCUUACCACCUCUACCAGGGCACUGCCACCCCACCACACGACUACGACAGAGGUACACACACCCUGACCCGCCUGGUGCCUUACCACCUCUACCAGGGCACCGCCACCGCACCACACGACUACCUCAGAGUGGAUGAUGAGUUUGAGAGGGUUUCCAGCCAGCUCCUGAAGAGAACGCAGGCUAUGCUGGAUAAAUACAGACACCUCCUUUUUGAGGAAUCAACGCGCCUUGGCCCGUCAGCUGAGAUGGUAAUGAUGGACAGGAUGUUUAUUCAGGAAGAGAAGAUCUCUCUGGGACAGGACCGCAUCCUCGCCAGAGACAGGCCUGACGAGUAUGUGGCCAACUCAAGGAUGAUGGAGAUUGAGAGUGGAGCUGCCAACAUGGCCCAGUCCAAGCCUCAGCUACAGUCCCAGCUCCACCAUAAGCCUCAGCCCCAUCCUCAGCCCCUGUCCCAUCCUCAGCCCCAUCCUCAGCUCCAUUCCGAGCCCCAGCUCCAGUCCGAGCCUCAUCCUCAGCCCCUGUCCCAGCCCCAUCCUGAACCCCAGCCCCAUCCUCAGCCCCUGUCCCAGCCCCAUCCUGAACCCCUGUCCCAGCCCCAUCCUGAACCCCUGUCCCAGCCCCAUCCUGAACCCCUGUCCCAGCCCCAUCCUGAACCCCUGUCCCAGCCCCAUCCUGAACCCCUCUCCCAGCCCCAUCCUGAACCCCAGCCCCAUCCUCAGCCCCUGUCCCAGCCCCAUCCUCAGCCCCUGUCCCAGCCCCAUCCUGAAUCCCUGUCCCAGCCCCAUCCUGAACCCCAGCCUGAACCCCUGACCCAGCCCCAUCCUGAACCCCAGCCCCAUCCUCAGCCCCUGUCCCAGCCCCAUCCUGAACCUCAGCCCCAGUGGUUUGAGCCCAGCCCCGUAAGGAGUGUUGUUGCCCCUGCUCCAGCCCCAACACCGAUCCCGGACCACUUCCCCUCCACCAAGCUGGUGAUAAAGCAGGGAGGAGCGGGGGCGUCUGUCUCCUGGUCCAGCUCCCCAGCUCCUGUGGCCAGGCCGGGGUCAGGGGUUAGACAGACAGCCGACACCCAGAGUCACAGCUCCUCCUUCAGCCGCGCUCCUCCACCUCCCUCCCGUCACUCACCCCACCACCCUUUCUCCUCCUCUCGUCCAGUUGAGGAUGAUGAUACUCUCCCCCGGAGGACCAGUAAACCCCCCAUGAAGACGUACGCCGGCCGCCCACGCAUCGGCUUGAAGCUCAAGAUCAAGCAGGAGGCGGGGUUUAGUAAGGUGGUGCAUAACACCGCCCUCGACCCGGUCCACACACCAUCCACACCCAACCCUAAGCCACAGCCACUCCCUACCACCCUGCCCCACCCGGCGCCGCCACUCCCUACCACCCUGCCCCACCCGGCGCUGCCACUCCCUACCACCCUGCCCCACCCGGCGCCGGCACUCCCUACCACACGAGCCCAACCGGCGCCGGCACUCCCUACCCCACGACCCCAACCGGCGCCGGCACUCCCUACCACCCUGCCCCACCCGGCGCCGGCACUCCCUACCACCCUGCCCCACCCGGCGCCGGCACUCCCUACCACACGACCCCAACCGGCGCCGGCACUCCCUACCACCCUGCCCCAACCGGCACCGGCACUCCCUACCCCACGACCCCAACCGGCGCCGGCACUCCCUACCACACGACCCCAACCAACGCCGGCACUCCCUACCACACGACCCCAACCGGCGCCGGCACUCCCUACCACACGACCCCAACCGGUGCCGGCACUACCUACCACACGACCCCAACCGGCGCCGGCACUCCCUACCACACGACCCCAACCGGCGCCGGCACUCCCUACCACCCUGCCCCACCCGGCGCCGGCACUCCCUAAAGCCCAAACAGCAGCACGAGCCACGCCGCCUUCUAUAACUGUCAUUAGGACUCCUCCCCCUAGCUGUAACACAGCCUCCUCAGCAAUGGUCUCCAUAGCAACCACACAGGCGACCCCCAGCCCACAGAGAGUCACAGCGCCCGCAUCUUCCUCCACGGCUCAGAUGAACGGAGCGUUAGAACAUCACAAUGUGGGUGGAGUCAAGCGUAACCCCGCCUCCACGGCCACUUCCCCUCAGACCACCUGCCGCCUGCCUCUACGGAAGACUUACCGGGAGAACAUCAGCCCCCGCGUCCGACCGGGCGUACCGGGAGGAGGAGGAGACAGUGUCCCGUACCCCCGUCCCUCCCCCUCGCCCCCCAAUUCUCCCCCCCCACCCUCCUCACCCUCUCCCUCCUCAGAGGGGACAGUGAUCACCAGCAUGAAGCUGGAGAAGAGAGGAGGCAGCCCCAGGGAGGGGGGCUCCCACACAGAGCUCAGCCGGGAUGCCCUGAGGCUGGGGAAAUCCUCCCCCUCCUCUCCUGGCCUAGUGCAGGGCAUCACAAAUACCCAGCAGCAUCUCUCAGACAGAGAGGAGGAGAGGGGGAGAGAAGGGGAUCAUUGGGACAGAGGGGCGGACAUGGGGAGGUAUAAGAGGGUGAGCAGUAAAAACCACCAGAGGUCAGGUGGCGGCGGUGGGGGUGAUACGUUCAGAAUGGACCAGCAUGCCCCUGGGCCCCCUUCCUCGCCGCCAGACACUUCUUGUUACAGAGACUCAUCACUUCCUGCUAAGCGCUGUAAGUCAGACUCUCCUGUCAUGGACAACGCCUCCUUCUCCUCCGGUUCCCCGCCACACGAUGAGUCUCUUAACGAGCACCUGCAGUGUGCCAUCGACACCAUCCUCAACUUGCAGGGCCAGGACCAGGGGCCCACACCGCGCAGAGCCAAAGGGGGCUCCAUCAGGCCACACCACCACCACAGCCAGCGACCCACGGCCCCCCAGCCCUCCUCACACACAUACAGACCCUCAGUCUCCUCUUCAUCUUCAUCCUCUCUGGCCCAUCACUCUCAGGUUGGAGGCAGAGGACUGGUGCCACAGACUCACAGCAGAUAACACACACAACAGUUGGGACUGAAGAGAGGAGAGAGGAAUAACUCACUGCUCUGACAAGCUCAGUUGACCUUGUUUGUCCAUCUGAAUGUUGUUUACUUUACAACAUGACACAAUGCUCACAGUCACUGGAUGGAUGGAUGGUGAUGAAUCUCUGUAAAAAGGUAUGCUUUACUCUGUGGCAGUACCCUCUGCUCUCUCAACUAUGCUCAAUCAUCAGUUUGAUUCAUUUGUCUCCAGUUGUUUUGUAUUAUUGAAGGUUUUCCUUUUUCAUUCCCACUGUAUUCCAUUCCUUAGUCAUCAUGUUAUAGCUGCUGCCUGCCUGUCAUCAUGUUAUAGCUGCUGCCUGCCUGUCAUCAUGUUAUAGCUGCUGCCUGCCUGUCUGUAUAACAAAUAAGACCUGGGUCAUGUUCAGUAGGUAUAAAACAGGAGAAAACUACAGGAACUUGUCCAAUAAUAAGAGAUUUGUUUUUCUGUGACUAAAUGUUUGCUCUACUGAAUAUAAUCAAGGCAAGACUGCAUAGAACUCUCUAAAGCCUCUCUUCAGUAGGUAAACCACACACGGAGGAGGAGAGGCUUGUUUUAGCGAUCUCUUCAUCACUACAGAUCCAUGUCUCUUUUUCCAUAUUCUGACUUCUAUCAUCACCACAAAUACACUUUCUGGUUCCAGCUGUUCAAUUCUUCUUAGCUAGAUGGUUAGGUUGUGUUUCUUUCAAAUACAUGUUGUAGUAUGGUUAAAUGUUGAGGUGGUUGGCUGACUUUCUGGUUGACUGUUGAGCCUGGUGCUCUCUUUAAGAACCCAAUUACUGUAAUGACAAUGAAACAUGUAAUUAUGAAAUCAUGUUAAAACAUGUCCUCUGAUUGUCCUGACCAUGGCUGACGUUCAGUAGGCUAGGAUGCAUUUCAGUUAACAUGGCCACAUUUAUCAAAUCUCUUAUUCUCUCCUUUGCCCCUCUGUCACUGUCCCCCCCCAUCCCUAUCUUCAAAGCCUGUUGGACAAUUCAAACGCAGAAACAUGGACAAACGAACAAUAAUGUACAAAAAAAGAGCAUUUGAAGUAUAGUAUUAGAUUAAUUUUGUAUUGUAUUUAUUGUGUAUAAUGACACUUUAAAAAAUAAAACUGUAAAUUAAAUCUUUUA